AUGGCUAGAACCCAUUCCACAUACGUUUUGGCUUCUUCUGUGGCUUUCUUUAAAGGCUUUGACUCUAGAAGUAUUCCAAAGCUUUUGCACCUGUCUCAACUCCUGGUCUUCAAUGUGGAGCAGUUGUUGCUGGACUGUAGAUCACAUGGGAUCAUUUCCUUAGAUGAGACUGAUCCUUGCAGCAUCCCAUAUUUCUGUCGUGGUGAGUUCCAGUUCAGGUCUCGAUAUAAAGUCUCUAUUUUUCAUUACUGUGCGGCAACACCUUAUACAGCAGCUAAGGAACCAAAGAAUUUGUACAAAAGAAUGAGGUGGAAUGUGGAAGUAUUAAUGGAAUCGUCACAAUUGAGAGAAAACAGUGAGCCAGACACAGAGUAUUAUUUCCUGUGCUACAGAGAUGCAAAAGAGACUGAUAGAAGCAGCCAAGCUUUCCACCGGAAAGAUAUUGUUUUUCAAAGGAUUUGGUCCAUUGGCAGAUGGAUCCAAAUGUAUCCAGAUCCAAACAACUCAGAUAUAUAUGCCUGGAUUCUUUGUGAGCAGCCACAUGGAGAUUAUGAAGAAAUUUUGACAAUUGGCCCUGAAGAACCUUCACAUAUCCAAGCUACUGAUCUAUUAGUAAAGAUUUUAAGGAGCCAGACACCCUGAAUGCCAUUUAUUACCCUGGUGCAAGACAACCAAAACUGGUCUGUACAAGUUUCACUUUAACACCUAAGGAUCAUUCUUUUACCAUGAAUGACUGGUCACAAUAUAUUCUUAUUGCUUUUCAUGCUACUCUGAGGCAAAGAGAAACCAAAUGUACUUCCCAAAUAGUAGACACCAAGAUAUUCUGUUUUCUACAGAAAGAAAGAAAGAACACAAUAUGGUGGCUGAUUUUUUUUGGAUUAUUGAUAGUGCCUACAAGUGCAAGAGCUGCAUUCAUCACAAACUAUUAAUAUCUCUGCGGACUGUGAUUUCUAAGCAGUAUGCAAUAAUAAGUAAGAACUUAAGUGAAGAUACUGAUGAAAGAUGGUUUUCACGCAGAUCUUGUUCCUGUGCAUUAUCACAAUAUUUGUUUGCAGCCAUUGUAUACUAAGAUUGCAUUUCUUGUAAACCCCAGUUGGUAGUACAAGCAAGAAACAAUAGUUAGUAUUCUACACUGUCAGUGUUAUCCAAGACUGUUAAUAAGUCUUCUUCCUCACAGUGUUAAAAUAAUUCACUUUUAUGUAAUAGAGAUGUGGCAGCUCUUCAUUAAAUAUUCUUAUGUUUACUACUGUUAAUUUGAAGUGGCUGUAAAUGUUAAUAAGAGCAUUAUUAGAAUCACAGAGGUUAUACUGUGGGCUUAGCAUCAAAAGAAAUAAACAAUAAGUUCUGUUGCGUUAACAAUCUGCUGUAAA